CAAAUUCCUUUGUGGAGAAUGGAGAUGGAGUUGUUUUGCGGGAGUUGCUCCAUUUAGAAUGGGUCGAUUAAAAGAAAUGAUAGAUGGAGACAUACAAGUUGUUGGAUCAAGACGAGGAGAUCCCCGGUGUAUUCAUGCCCAGGCUAUUAAAUCUAAAAUCAAAGCAUCAAACCAUCGUUGCUUAUUCAAUGAAUUAAUCACACAUUAUUCCAGAUGCAACAAAUUACUCUAUGCUCAACGUGUGUUUAAUCAAAUCCCUGAACCCAACGUUGUAUCAUGGACAUCUCUGAUUUCAUCAUAUAUAAACACUACCAACGCCAUUCAUCACUUCAUUUCCAUGCUUCGCCAUCCUACAUUACCAAACCAAAGAACUUUAGCUCCUCUCUUCAGAACCUGUGCUUCACUCUCUACACUACAGAUUGGCAUUCAACUUCAUUCUGUCUCUCUGAAACUAUCCCUCUCAAACUUGUCUUAUACCGGUUCAUCACUCAUCAGUUUCUAUACAAAAUGCUCAUUGCCAAACGAAGCGUUGAAAGUGUUUGAUAAAAUUCUUGAAAGAGAUGAAGUUUGUUAUUCUUCAAUGAUUGUGGGUCUUGCUCAAAACUCUCAACCUUCAAAAGCUCUUAAGUUAUUUUCUGAAAUGAAUAAUUCUUCUACCGUUAGUUCAAAUAUGUAUGCUAUUUCUGGUGCGCUUCGAGCAACGGCAGAGUUCGCAGCACUUGAACAAUGUAAAAUUAUUCAUGCACAUACAAUACUUGCUGGGUUUCAUGCGUAUCUUGUUGUGGGUAAUGCUCUGGUUGAUGCUUAUGGAAAAUGUGGUCUCAUUGCUGAUUCUCGUAAUAUCUUUAAUCAGUUAUUACCGAAUGCGAAUAUUUUUCUGUGGAAUUCGAUGAUGGGAGCUUAUGCUCAACAAGGAGAUGAAAAAUCUGUGAUUAAGCUGUUUUAUGACAUGAAAUUUAGAGGUUUUUCUCCUGAUGAGUACAGUUUUCUUGCGUUACUUACUUCUUGUAGUAAUUCUGGUUCAGUUCAUGAAGCUGAAAAAUGGUUGAAUUGUAUGAAAGAUGAUUAUGGGGUUGAACCACAGCUUCAACAUUAUACAUGUUUUAUAAAUGCAAUGGCGAGAGAUGGAGGGAUUGCGGAAGCUAAGGCACUGGCUAUGAAGAUGCCAUAUGAAGCCGAUGCUGCUGUGUGGAGAUCACUAUUGACUGCUUGUGCUGUUCAUGGUGCAUCAGAGGUAGCUCAAGAAGUAACUCAAAGACUACUAGAACAUAACCCACGUGAUGAUUCAGCAUUUGUGUUACUUGCUAAUGUAAAUGCAACUGCAGGAAAAUGGGCUGAAGUGGCAGAAGUGAGGAAGCUAAUGAGACGGCGAGGAGUGAGAAAGGAAGGUGGGAUGAGUUGGAUCGAAUUUCGAGGCGAAGUUCAUGUGUUUUUAGCUGGGGAUAGAAAUCAUGAAAGGAUGAAUGAGAUAUACGCUAAGUUAGCAGAGUUGAGGGCAGAGAUAAAAAAAUUGGGAUACAAAGAGGUAGUUGAUGAAAAACUGCAUGAAAUGGAAGCAGCGGAGAAGAGAGAGUUGCUUUGGUCUCAUAGUGAAAAGUUGGCGCUGGCGUUUGGGGUGGUCAGUGGAGCAGCACCACCGGGGAAGGCUCUUAGGAUUCUUAAGAAUUUGAGGAUUUGUAAGGACUGCCAUGAGGCUUUCAAGUGUAUCAGUAUAGUGAUAAAGAGAGAAAUUGUUGUUCGCGAUGUUAACAGAUACCACAGAUUUGUUCAUGGAAACUGCAAUUGUGGAGAUUAUUGGUGAUCCGGCAAACUUGAAUAUAAAAUUGAUGAGUUUCCUCCGCAAGGUCUAUAAAAUGAAUAACUUUAUGAUGGCAGCAUGGGUUUGUUUGUACGUGAGGAUUCAUUCCAUUUGUUCACUUUUUGAAUUCAUGUAUAUUACGGUUUCAUAUAUGAUAGUAUAUAUCUUGCGACUUUGUAAUAUAUGCCGAAAUUGAAUACCACGGGUCCAAGUACAAUUUAGAAUAGAGGAUUUGUAAGGACUGCCAUGAGGCUUUCAAGUGUAUCAGUAUAGUGAUA